ACCCCUUUAAUUAAUUACUUCCUUCAACUUCUUCUAUCUCCUGCUAUAACAGAGAUUCAAAAACACAAAAUUAAAAUAUAAUGAAGUCCUUGAAGACCCUCUUCCUUGUGGCCUUGUUAAUUAUGGCUUUGGCCAUUACUCUGUCAGCAACAUCUUCCCAAACUGAAGAACCAAAGUCUCUAAGAGGAACAAGCCGGUUCCUUUCCCAGAAAAGGGUAGCGUUGACAUGUGACAAAAACCCAAAAAUUUGCCUUGUUAAAGGCAGCGCAGGCCCUAAUUGCUGCAGCAACAAAUGUGUAAACUUUUCCACAGACAGACUUAACUGUGGGAGGUGUGGAAAGAAAUGCAGCUUCGGAAAGAUAUGUUGCGAAGGCAAGUGCGUGAACCCUAAGACCAACGAGAAGCAUUGCGGCAAAUGUGGCAACAAGUGCAACGCCAAAGGUUCUUGUGUUUUUGGGAUGUGCAGCUAUGCAUAGAAUUUGCAAACGGUCGAGCAUUAUUCUAUGGAUCAAUUUAUUUCAGGGCUGGAGUAGCAGCCAUUGACACUUGAUGGUACUAUAUUUAUUCUUUGCAUUGAUUGAUGACUUGGUUUGUAGUUUGUAGUUCUGUACUAUAUUUCCUUUGCUACCGGAUUGUUAUUUAAGAACAGCUUGUAAUUGGUUGUUUGUAUGAAAUAAAUAAUAAUGUUUCCUUUAUA